AUGGGCCAAGCCAGUUGCAGUGAGGUUUUCAAAGCAGAAGCCAGAGUGCCCACCAACCCGAUCAAAGAGGCAGUUCCAGCCCUGCAAUCAGAACUCAAGGGGGAUCCCAUUCAAUCGGAUGAGUGCAAGGUGGCACCCUCGGUGGCAGAGAUCCAGCGUUUGCGGGAUGAACUGCAAGCGAAGGAGCGGGCCCUGCAGCUCUUGCGGAAAGACGCCAUAGAUCAGCAAUACCUGCUCCAGCUUUUGGAACGUGAGACCUUCCUGAAAGCGGAAGCCUUGCGCGAGCUCCGUGCCGUUGAAGCGUUGAGUGCAGAGAUCACUCAGCGGCAGAAAGGCAUUCAAAGCUUGAAGGAAGAUGCCAAAGGCCAAGAAGAAUCGCUGACAGAGCUACGCACCGAGGCUGUAGCAAAGGGUGAGAUUGUGCAAGAUAUUCUUGAUGGUUUGGCACGUGCUGGCGGCGCAAGCGAGUCUGAGGCUUUUGAGUCACAAGCCAGCCCCACUGGAAGUUCCGCUGCUGUUGCGUUUGCCGCGCAGGCUGCCAUCAUGCAAGAUUCCGACGCUCCAGUACCCUCCAGCGGUGGCACGCGGAGUUCAGUAACUGAAGUGCCGGACCGGCAUUUAAGCCAAGAUUGUGAUGCUUCCAAUGGCAGAUUUCUGGAGACUCCUGUAGAUCAAUCCAGCGGUGAUUUUGUGCUGACCACAGGCAGCAAAGACGGCUCCGAUAAAGUACCGGAGCCACAAGGUAAUGACACUUGCCUUUCUUCUGCCAUGCCUGUCAGCAGGGAAGGGACCUUGAAUGACAAUGAACACCACCUGCAAGGAGUUGAAUUUGGUGACGCUUUCCUGAUACCAGCAGCCAGCAGCAAUGAAGCCUCCACUGACAAAGGGCCGGAGCAGCAAGAAAGUCAGGGUCCGGGUAGUGCUUCCGUGAUGUUGGCCUGCGGCAAGGGCUUGGAUGACGGACAGCCAGCAGACUCAGCAGACAGUGGCAAGAAAGACUGGGAUGGCAAUGCCAAGGAAGCGCAAGCACCCGAACCAGGAUACGCUCCGUCAAUGUCAGACAGCAGAACGAACCGCUUGGAUGACAAUGGCCAAGGGCCCUUGGCGCAAGCAAAUGAAUCAGGAGGUGCUUCCCUGAUGCCUGCUAGCAUGGCGGAAGGUUCGAAGGACAAAGUGACGAUCCCAUUUUUACAAGGUGACCAUGGCAGCAGCUCCCAGAGCGCAAGUGUCCAAGACAUGCGCCCAGCAGAUUCCAGCCCAAAGGGAAACACGGUUCCACAACCCUGGCCAGCACCCCCACCUAGGACUUGA